GGCGUGGGCGGGCUCGACCCUUGUCGGAGGCUGAGCCCAAGAUGGCGGCGUCUGAGGCGACUGGCCGGUACAGGAGCAGCAUGAGCAAAAGCAAGGACCCUUCCGGCCUGCUCAUCUCCGUCAUCAGGACUCUGUCCACCAGUGAUGAUGUUGAGGACAGGGAAAAUGAGAAGGGUCGCCUGGAAGAAGCAUACGAGAAGUGUGAUCAUGAUUUGGAUGAGCUGAUUGUUCAGCACUACACUGAGCUUACUACUGCCAUCCGCACCUACCAGAGCAUCACGGAGCGCAUCACCAACUCGCGCAACAAGAUCAAGCAGGUCAAGGAGAAUUUGCUUUCCUGCAAGAUGCUUCUGCACUGCAAGCGGGAUGAGCUGCGCAAGUUGUGGAUUGAAGGCAUUGAGCACAAGCACGUCUUGAAUUUGCUGGAUGAGAUUGAGAACAUCAAGCAAGUGCCCCAGAAGCUGCAGCAGUGCAUGGCUAGCAAGCACUACCUCACGGCCACGGAUAUGCUGGUUUCAGCAGUGGAUUCCCUGGAGGGACCCCUCCUUCAGGUGGAGGGACUUAGCGAUCUGAGACUGGAGCUUCACAGUAAGAAGAUGAAUAUGCACUUGGUGCUAAUAGAUGAACUGCACCGUCAUCUUUACAUUAAAUCCACCAAUAGGGUUGGACAACGGAACAAAGAAAAAUGGAUAAAAAGUUCGCAUGUGAAGGAUGCCUCCCCUGUGCCUCUGCUCGAUGUGACUAGCCUGUCUACUCCUCGCAAGUACCUUGACUCCUCUCAGUUCAGCACUUCUGGAAGCUCCAGUGGGAGGGAUAUUAGCUUGACAGAGAUCAAGGAAGAUUUAGAGAUGGAUCCUGAGGAGAACAGCUCUAUCUUUAUGGGCAUCCUCAUCAAAGGCCUGGCCAAACUGAGGAAGAUUCCAGAGACUGUGAAGGCCAUCCAAGAUCGCCUGGAGCAGGAGCUGAAGCAAAUCGUCAAGAGAUCUACCACUCAGGUGGCAGACAGUGGCUACCAGAGGGGAGAGAACAUAGUCCAGGAAAACCAGCCUAGAUUACUUCUGGAACUUCUGGAGCUUCUCUUUGAGAAGUUCAAUGCUGUUGCUGCUGCUCAUGCUGUUGUCCUGGGGCAUCUUCAGCAGACUGUGGCUUCUCCCUCCAGUCAGUACGAUGGCGAUAUCAAGUUAUAUGACAUGGCGGAUGUGUGGGUAAAGAUUCAGGAUGUCUUGCAGAUGCUGCUCACGGAGUACUUGGAUAUGAAAAAUACACGGGCAUCUUCGGAGCCAUCAGCUCAGCUUAGUUAUGCCAGCUCGGGACGGGAAUUUGCAGCAUUCUUUGCAAAAAAGAAACCCCAGAGGCCUAAAACCUCCCUGUUCAAGUUUGAAUCAUCUUCCCAUGCCAUUAGUAUGAGUGCCUAUUUGCGGGAGCAGAGGAGGGAGUUGUACAGCAGGAGUGGUGAACUUCAAGGAGGUCCUGAUGACAACUUGAUAGAAGGCGGUGGGACAAAGUUUGUCUGCAAGCCAGGAGCCCGAAAUAUCACAGUCAUCUUUCACCCGCUUCUGAGAUUUAUUCAAGAGAUUGAGCACGCUUUGGGACUCAGCCCAACUAAGCAGUGCCCACUCCGGGAAUUCCUCACCAUGUACAUCAAGAACAUCUUUCUUAGCCAAGUCCUGGGAGAAAUCAACAAGGAAAUCGAAGGAGUCACCAAGAUAACUGAGCCACUGAAGAUACUGGCCAGCGCAGACACCAUGAAGUUGCUGGGCGUGCAGAGGCCUCUGUUGCAGAGCACAGUGAUUGUGGAAAAGACCGUCCAGGACCUCAUGAAUUUGAUGCACGACCUAAGCGCCUACUCUGACCAGUUCCUCAACAUGGUGUGUGUCAAACUCCAGGAAUACAAGGACACCUGCACUGUGGCCUACAGGAGCAUUGUUCAAUCUGAUGAAAAGCUGGUCAUCAGCGCAUCUUGGGCAAAAGAUGACGAUAUCACCAGACUCCUGAAGUCUCUUCCAAACUGGAUCAACAUGGCCCAGCCCAAGCAAUUGCGACCAAAGAGGGAGGAAGAGGAGGACUUCAUAAGAACCGCCUUUGGCAAAGAAUCCGAAGUGCUCAUUGGGAACCUGGGUGAUAAACUGAUUCCCACACAAGAGAUUCUCUCUGAUGUCAGCGAUCUGAAGGCCUUGGCCAAUAUGCACGAAAGUUUGGAAUGGCUCUCCAGCCGUAUGAAGGCAGCUUUCUCCAACCUUCCAGUGGCACAAAUGUCACCUGGCCAAGAUGGACAUGCCAACAUGGAUCUCCCUCCAGUGUCCGAGCAGAUCAUGCAAACCCUCACUGAGCUGGCCCGAUCCUUCCAGGAAAUGGCUGACCGCUGCUUGCUGGUUCUGCACUUAGAAGUUAGGGUUCACUGCUUCCACUAUCUGAUCCCCUUGACUAAGCAAGGAAAUUAUGCCAUUGUUGCCAAUGUGGAGAGCAUGGAUUAUGACCCCCUGGUGGUGCGACUUAAUAAGGACAUCAGCUUCGUUGAAGAAGCCAUGAGUGCCAGUCUUCAGCAGCACAAGUUCCAGUAUAUCUUUGAAGGUUUGGGCCACUUGAUUUCCUGUAUUCUCAUAAACGGGGCCCAGUACUUCAAGCGCAUCAGUGAAUCUGGCAUCAAGAAGAUGUGCCGAAACAUCUUUAUCCUUCAACAGAACCUGACCAACAUCACCAUGUCACGGGAAGCGGACCUGGACUUUGCAAGGCAAUACUACGAGAUGCUGUACAACACCGCAGACGAGUUGCUGAAUCUGGUGGUGGAUCAAGGAGUGAAAUACACUGAGCUGGAGUACAUCUAUGCCCUGAGCUUAUUGCACCGCAGCCAGACCGGCGUUGGGGACCAAACCACCCAGAACAUGAGGCUGCAGCGCCUGAAAGAGAUAAUCUGUGAGCAGGCAGCUAUCAAGCAAGCCACCAAGGACAAGAAAAUCACCACUGUUUAAUUGAUGCCAUUGUGGGAAGGCGGCUAGCCAGAGAAGCUUCAUGCUUGCUUACAGCCAACAAGAAUUGCAUUGUUUUGGGCGUUGCAUUGUUAAAGCAGGGUGUCUGUUUGAUAUUUGGGUCUUACGCCUUUUUCAUGAAAAUAUUAGCCAUUGGGUUUUUGGGGUGGGUGUGGGUUAGAAGCCAGUUAUGUGGCAAGAUGAGAUUAGGAAACGUCACCAUGAUGAAAUUGAAUGCAAAUGACUAGUGUGCCUGUCACUUUAGAGCUUUGAUGGAUUUAGCUGGGUGUGAGGGGAGUAGAAAAAGGAGGGAUACCUGUUGUUCACUUGAUCCAGUUGGAUCUACAGCAUUGAGAAAGACUGAUAAGUAAUUUUUGACUAAAAUUCAGUUCUAGCUGUCAAAAUGAGAGGGACGGAUGUAGCUGAGAUUCCUGCCCCCUUCCUAUCAAGUGGUUUUUGAUUGUGCCAGUACUAUCAUGAUACACAGCUGCCCUUAUUUCCAAGAUUCUCCUUUUCCCAGGUAAGCUGCAGAUGAAGCUUGUCCACCAUCUUGAAUAGCAUUUAACUGGUUUGGAUGGGAAAGGGAGAGAGAGCCAGAUGCCACAUGGCUCCACUGCUUUGGAUUUAUACCAUUUCCCAUGGUAUACACCUGUUUGUCUGUAUCAUCUAGCCAAGCAGUGAGGAAAAGUUUGUCACUCCUUUCCCCCCGGUAUUUCAGUUGGUUGUGGAAAUACUUGCUGCACCACUCAGCACUCGACCAGCUCAGUAAAUGCUUACAUGCUUACUCUGUGGUACGUUACCACUUGAUUAAUAGAGAAGACCAUUGGCCAUCCGUAACCAAUAUCACUGGGUCUCCCUGGAGAUGCUGGCUCUAAAUCCGCAAAGCUCAUUAGCUAUCUAAAAGGGGAUCAUUGGUUUCUUUCAAGGUUUUUCUCUCUAGUUCAAAAGCGGAAGUUGGGUUGUUACAACUUUCUUCAGUGGCUGCAACUCAAGGACACUUCUUGCAUUACAGCAAGCCUGAGAGGUUGUGUUUGCUCAUACAAAACACACUUGAUCCACACAGCCCAUAGGUAGCUAGUUCUGCAAGGGGAGGGGUCUGCUACCUUUCUUAGCAGAGGUGGCUAUAGGACCAGUGUGUGGUCAGCAGGGCAGACUCCAAGCUGUCAUUGCAAGAAUAUCAGCUUGCUGUCCUUCAGGCUUCAGGUUGAGCACAACCAGGUCAAAGAUGAUGUCUGAAAGUUGCCAAGUAACCUUUCUGUAAAAGUGUAGCACAUCGCUGCCACAGCUAGCUCAGAUUUGUUCUUAAUAAUGAUGAGGUUUGCAGAUCACAUGAAACCAUAGUUAAACAUAAACUGUGGUUUGCUGUGAAUGAACAGUAUGCUGGUCCACGCUGCUCAGAAGUCCACUUUCGUCCAUCCGUCCGUCCCCCGGUUCCUUCUGUUGCUGCACCAAAGAGGAAAGAAACCCGUGUCUUGCUUUGCUUUUUGUGUGAACCAGCACUUGUGGUAUGCUUCUCACCAAACAAACCACAAAUGGAAGCCAUUCUGUCCCUAGACUUACCACUCAUGGUUUGCUUAAGGGAAACAAACCACAAAUGCUAGUUUACACAUAAACCACAGCCAACCUUUGGUUUCACUCCCCCCCCCCAGUGUGACAGCCACAGGAGCAAAGACUUUGGAACAGCUUGCACCCAAAUGCUGCUCAUUCAUAUUAAACCAUGGGUUACCUUAAGCUAUGGUUUUGUGUGUUUUCCAAACAGUGGACCAACAUCACAUUCUGGCCAUUGACUUAGGUCAGCCAGCUCCAUAGACACCUCCCUUCCCUUGGAAAGCCUAUACAUAUUGUCUGCUUCUCUAUAACGUUUAUUGAAAGGGAGUCAGGUCAGAGGGGAGGGCGAUACAACGCUGACACUGUGGGCUUUGCCCUUCACUGCAGGACAGGCUGUGUUCUCUCCUCUUUCACAAGAUUGCACACUCCCUUUGCCUACAGCUUGAAGUAGAAGUUGCCCUCUCUGAGCCGCUUCUUUUCCCUUGCUGCUUACGUUGCUUUCCUCUUGGUUCGACUGGAAAAUUAAAGGAUAAUUUUGGAGCCCUUAAUUACUGUACAGUGGUUUGCUUGGAUGCACUGGUACUCUCCAAGGCUUAUUCAGCAACUUCCGUGCAGUGAUUUUUAAGGAGGUUGCAAGUCAGGCUUUGAAUUCCCUGAGGAGGUCAGACUUUCCCCACCAUCCUAUGAACAGCAACAUUUCAGGCACGAAGAGGAGAUACACUUAACUAAGGUCACAGGAACCCAGGAGGUCCCCUGGAAGAUAUUGCCGUGCCUGUUCAAAAUGGCUCUGGGCUGUUGAUGUCUUAGUGGUGAAACUUAAGAACAGCUUUCACCAGCUCGCUCCAAACUUCAACAUUUUCCCCGACCCUGCCUGCAAGUAGCAUGUCGAAGAAACCCAUAAAAAAAGCAUUUGAGUUCUUAAUCCACAGGAGAAUAACGCAGAGUAGGAUUUGGCCAAAUACAGUGAAAUUAGAUUUUACAAGGGAAAUGCAGAGUUUCCAGUCCCAUAUUUCCCUUCUGAUGCUAAUGGGAAGAGCAGAUGCUUGCGAUACAGGAUUGGCAAGAUGGGUGGAUGAUUAUUCUCACCUUCAAGUACCAUUUUUUUAAAAAGCUUAUCUCCAGCUGGAAAACCUGAAGUUAGUUAUUUGGGGGGGGAACUGUCCAGGGGGGAACGUCAGUGGUAGGUGGAAAGGAACCAGCAGGUGCAGGAGGAGGGAUUAAGCACCGCCAUCCCCUGUAAGUGAGCCCCACCUGCAUCCUUCCAUUCCUGUUAACUCAGCACAAGCAAAUGCAGUCAAGGAGGACUACUGCCCAGGUCUGCAUAGGGUGCCAGAAGCAGAGGCCACUGAAAUGAAAGAAGACACGAGGUGCUUUUUCCUCCAGUCCUUGGUAUGCACACAACCCUAGUUCCAUGAGAGUUUCUCCCUUGAGAUGCUGUAGGCAUUGGAUCACACCAUGAAGAAUAAAAGUACGUGGGCUGGGGAGAGGGAGGGUGAUGUGAACUGAAAAGAUCCUUUUGUGUAUGAUCUGAGACAAAUUAAUAGGUGGCACUUGCGCAUAUUCUAUAUGGGUUUUGCUAUUAAAUAUUAACACAUGUAUA